ACCACAACAACAACAACAACAACAAUCCAGGAUGGAGACCGUAAAUGCUGGAAACACGAUGAGUUUAGCAGCUCUACAGAGACAAGACCCGUACAUUAACAAACUGCUAGAUGUUACCGGCCAGGUGGCUCUGUAUAACUUUAACUCCAAAGCGAAUGAAUGGGAGAAGACCGACAUCGAGGGGACUCUGUUUGUUUAUGCGAGGUCAGCCUCGCCUUACCAUGGCUUCACCAUCAUGAACCGCCUAAGCACGGAGAACCUGGUGGAGCCGAUCAAUAAAGACCUGGAAUUUCAGCUGCAGGAUCCUUUCCUGCUCUAUAGGAAUGGCAACUUGGGUAUCUACAGUAUUUGGUUCUAUGACAAGAGGGACUGUCAACGCAUCGCUCAGCUGAUGGUCAAGAUUGUGAAACAAGAAGCAGACCUUGCCAGAAGAGAGUCGCCAGAGAGUAACAUCUGUGUUGCAGAGCCACGGUCCUUAGACAUCCUGGAGCUGCUAAGCAAAGCCAAGGAGGAGUACCAGAGAGCUCAGGAAGGUGAAACGGAUGCCUCUGCAGAACAGAAUGUGAAAGCAGCUAUAAUUGCACCUGAACAGGUUCCCUGCAAAGUACCACCUGAAAAGAGCUCUCAUACGAUGGUGAAGCAGAUCACUGUUGAGGAACUUUUUGGCUUAUCCCUGCAUAAGGACCUUUCUUCAACCACCACAUCUGUCCAGCCCACUACCAGUGCUUCUAGUGCCUCAACUUCAUACCUCCAGAAUCACUCCAAUUCCACUCCAGCCCAUCAAAACCCACUCCCCAAUCCCCAUCUCCCAGCUCCAGAUGCCCGGUCAAAUCAGCAACACCAAGCCCCCAGCCUGCUCCCAGCUCAGUACGCUAUACACCCCAACCCGGUGUUCCCCAGAGUGCCACUGGCAGCGUGUACAACCUACAUGGGAAAGGAGAUACUCGGCACGUUAAAACCAGCAGCCCCGUCUGUAAACAUUGACAUCCAUAAACAGAUCAUUGCACCAAACAUUCUGCCAAGUGCGCUGUUCCCACCAAACAGCUUUCAGGAGCCCAUAGGAAAACCCCUUCUCCAGCACGUCAAGAAGAUGGAUGUUUUUUCUCAGCCUUCAAACCUAAUCAAACCGUUGUCUACUGUGCCCAUGAGUCCAGAUCUGGCCUGCGUGGGUUCGGAGAUUUCUGUGCUUCUUUCCCCCAGUGCUUUCCAGCAGUCCAUCAAUAAGACAACAUCAGUAACAUCAGGGGUCCCUCCUGCACCUGCUGAGCCCUCCUCCUCCUCUGUAGGUGUUGUAGAGCCUCCAAGAGCCCCCUGCAGCAAGACACUAUUACAGGAGACUCUUCUUCAUCUAAUUAAGAAUGAUGCAGAUUUUCUUGGUGCCAUUCACGAUGCUUACCUGCAGACCCUGACAAAGAACUUCAGCAACAUGAAAGUAUAGCCAUCAUUAACCACCACAUCCCGACUGUUUAUUUCUCCUGAAGCCCAUUCCAAAACCUGCAAGGAAUCUACAAGUGAAUGGAUGUUAACAGAAAUACAGAUACAUGUUUUUUUAUGUACUCAUCAACUCUUCACAAAUAACUUAUGUUCAGACAGCUGUUAUGGCGUGCAUUAGCACCUUGUCACUGAUGCAGUCCUGGACACUCUUAAUAACAUGGAUUGAAUAUGUUGAAGAGCAGGAUGAGGUAAAACCUCACUGUGCAGACAUGAGUAUGUAUUUUUUUUUCUUCAUAACUAUGAUCAAACUCUCAGCCAUAACACGUUUAACUGUUGCUGGUUCACUUGAGGAUGGGACCACAGUUCAGCUUCUCUAUCCUGGGACAGAUAUACAGUACUGGCAUUGAACAAUAUUUGAUUCAGAAACUCCACUUUCCCACUCAACUUACUCCCACAGCUUGCCAAGAAAGAAAAUCAGUGCUGGGAACCUCAAACUCUUUCAUUUGUUUUUACAGACAAGCUGAGUGCUCAUUUUUCCUUUCCUGAUUAUUGGCAAAUGUAUGGCUUUCUGUGUUUAUCAGUUUCACUUAAUAACAAGAGAAGUGUUGGGUAUUUUUUCACAACCUUCAUCCAAGGAAGACGUAGAAUUUCCAUUAUUUUUUUAAGCACUUGCAGCAUAGAGAUCGAACUUGUGGUAUCAGUUUCUCCUGACUGGCUUUUUGUAUUAAUUAAGUUCUUCUUUUUCUUUGUCUGUGUCAUUCCUCCGGCUGCUUAGCUUACAAUACUUUGUUUUCUUGAAGGGGGAAAGUGCAAUAUCUGACUGUUGCAACGUCUUUAGCUAUUUCAGCUUGAUGUGAUAUUUGAGAACUACUCAUUAAUGCUUAGUUUAUCUGAUCCUCUGGGAUUCUGCAACUCAUUCACAAUUUAAAUAGCAACAAAAAUUAUAUGAACUGUGUAUUACUAUAACAUAUGGGGAACUGACUGACUGAUAUGGUUAUGUUUCAUACCCACUGAGUUUAUACCAGUAAUCCAACCGUAACUCUUUUUUUUAAAGGUAUUUUUUAGACCCCUGUUAAAGGUCACAUAUUAUGCAAAAUACACUUUACCAUGUUUUUCAAACAAUAAUAUGUGUCCCUAGCCUGUCUAAACCCCCCAACUAUGAGAAAAAUCCAUCUUCUCCAUCUUUUGCCUGCUCCACUUUUCAAAAAAUGUGUGCACAAACAGGCCGUUUAGAGAUUUUCCCUUCGUGAC